AUGUCGGGCCAAACGCUCACGGAUCGGAUCGCCGCCGCUCAGUACAGCGUGACAGGCUCCGCUGUAGCCAGAGCGGUGUGCAAAGCCACCACUCAUGAAGUGAUGGGCCCCAAGAAGAAGCACCUGGACUAUUUGAUCCAGGCUACCAAUGAGACCAAUGUUAAUAUUCCUCAGAUGGCGGACACGCUCUUUGAGCGGGCAACAAACAGUAGCUGGGUGGUUGUAUUUAAAGCUUUAGUCACUACGCAUCAUCUCAUGGUGCAUGGAAAUGAGAGAUUUAUUCAGUAUUUGGCCUCUAGAAAUACACUAUUCAAUCUCAGUAAUUUUUUGGACAAAAGUGGAUCCCAUGGUUAUGAUAUGUCUACCUUCAUAAGGCGCUAUAGUAGAUAUUUGAAUGAAAAGGCUUUCUCUUACAGACAGAUGGCAUUUGAUUUUGCCAGAGUGAAGAAAGGGGCUGAUGGUGUCAUGAGGAUAAUGGCUCCUGAGAAACUACUGAAGAGUAUGCCCAUACUACAGGGACAGAUUGAUGCACUGCUGGAAUUCGACGUACAUCCAAAUGAACUAACAAAUGGUGUCAUAAAUGCUGCAUUUAUGCUUCUUUUCAAGGACCUUAUCAAACUUUUUGCUUGCUACAAUGAUGGAGUUAUUAAUUUACUUGAAAAGUUUUUUGAAAUGAAGAAAGGACAAUGUAAAGAUGCUCUAGAAAUUUACAAACGAUUUCUAACUAGGAUGACACGAGUGUCUGAAUUUCUCAAAGUUGCAGAGCAAGUUGGCAUUGAUAAAGGUGACAUUCCUGACCUCACACAGGCUCCCAGCAGUCUUAUGGAGACCCUUGAACAGCAUCUAAAUACAUUAGAAGGAAAGAAACCUGGAAACAAUGAAGGAUCUGGUGCUCCCUCUCCAUUAAGUAAGUCUUCUCCAGCCACAACUGUUACGUCGCCUAAUUCUACACCAGCUAAAACUAUUGACACAUCCCCUCCAGUUGAUUUGUUUGCAACUGCAUCUGCGGCUGUACCAGUCAGCGCUUCUAAACCAUCUAGUGAUCUCCUGGACCUGCAGCCAGACUUCUCCUCUGCAGGGGCGGCAGCAGCCGCGACACCAGCACCACCACCACCUUCAGGAGGCGCCACUGCGUGGGGGGACCUCUUGGGAGAGGAUUCUCUGGCUGCACUUUCCUCUGUUCCCUCCGAAGCACAGAUUUCAGAUCCGUUCGCACCAGAACCUACUCCUCCUGCUACAGCUGCUGAAAUUGCAACUACUUCAGCCUCUGCCUCAACUACUACAACUGUCACUGCUGUCACUGCUGAAGUGGAUCUCUUUGGAGAUGCCUUUGCAGCUUCUCCCGGGGAGGCCCCUGCAGCAUCCGAAGGGGCCGCUGCGCCAGCACCCCCGACCCCUGUAGCCGCGGCGCUUGAUGCGUGUUCAGGAAACGACCCCUUUGCCCCAUCUGAAGGUAGUGCAGAGGCUGCACCCGAGCUGGACCUCUUUGCAAUGAAGCCACCUGAGACCAGUGUUCCUGUAGUUACCCCUACAGCUAGCACAGCCCCUCCGGUUCCCGCCACCGCUCCUUCUCCUGCUCCCGCCGUCGCAGCUGCCGCCGCCGCCACCACUGCCACCACCGCUGCCGCCACCACCACCGCUCCUCCUGCUCUAGAUAUCUUUGGUGAUUUAUUUGAGUCUGCUCCCGAUGUCGCCCCCGCGCCUAAGCCAGAUGCUGCUCCUAGCAUAGACCUGUUCGGGACAGAUGCUUUCUCCUCUCCACCACAAGGGGCCUCUCCCGUGCCUGAGAGUUCUCUCACUGCUGACCUCCUAUCCGUGGAUACAUUUGUAGCACCAUCUCCUGCAACCACUGCCUCGCCAGCAAAGGUGGAUUCUUCAGGUGUGAUAGACCUUUUUGGGGAUGCAUUUGGAAGUAGUGCUUCUGAACCCCAACCUGCAUCUCAGGCUGCUUCUAGCUCGUCAGCAUCGGCAGACCUACUAGCUGGAUUUGGGGGUUCUUUCAUGGCCCCUUCUCCAUCACCAGUGACUCCUGCUCAGAAUAACCUGCUACAGCCCAAUUUUGAGGCAGCUUUUGGAACCACGCCUUCAACUUCUAGCAGCAGCUCCUUUGAUCCGUCAGUGUUUGAUGGUCUAGGUGAUCUUCUGAUGCCAACCGUGGCACCAGCCGGGCAGCCUGCUCCCAUCUCAGUGGUACCUCCCAGUUCUGCAGUGGCAGCAAGCAAAGCUCUUGGGAGUGAUCUUGACUCAUCUCUUGCCAGCUUAGUAGGCAAUCUUGGAAUUUCUGGUCCCACGUCCAAAAAGGGAGAUCUUCAGUGGAAUGCUGGAGAGAAGAAGUUGACUGGGGGAGCCAACUGGCAGCCAAAAGUAGCCCCUGCUACUUGGUCAGCAGGUGUCCCACCCAGUGCACCCUUGCAAGGAGCUGUACCUCCAACCAGUUCAGUUCCUCCUGUUGCCGGGGCCCCAUCUGUCGGACAGCCUGGAGCAGGAUUUGCAAUGCCUCCUGCUGGGACAGGCAUGCCCGUGAUGCCUCAGCAGCCUGUCAUGUUUGCACAGCCCAUGAGGAGGCCACCCUUUGGAGCCGCAGCUGUACCUGGCACACAGCUUUCUCCAAGCCCUACACCUGCCACUCAGAGUCCCAAGAAACCUCCAGCAAAGGACCCAUUAGCGGAUCUUAACAUCAAGGAUUUCUUGUAAACAAUUUAAGCUGCAAUUUUUGUGACUGAAUAGGAAAAAAAAUAAUGAGUUUGGACUCUUCAAAUAAGACUGAUGCUCAGAGUUUCAAAGGGAGCCACCAGUACCAAUCCCAAUGCUUAUACAUAACUUCUCUUCCAAAACGUGUAGCACAGCUGUGAAAGUGAACAGUAGGAAUGUGUACUACCUUAGCUGUUAUCCCUACUCUCAAAAUUGUAGUGUAUACGGGUUCUUUGUGUGUUGUACGAUGUAAACAAUGAAUGGAUGUUUCUAAUGCCUUUAGUGCUUCU